AAUAAUCCGAGAGUCUAGGACUUUUUUUUUUUUUUAGUCUAGGAUUUUUGGGUGAAGAUGAGUGAAUAAAGUACUGGACUUGUAGCCAAGAAGGCUUCGUUCAAAUGACAGGUCUGACACUAGCUAUGUAACCCUGGACAAGUCAUUUAAUCCCUUUGAGCCAUAGUUUCUUCAUCUGUAAAAUGAGGGAGAUGGAAUUCGAUGCUGUGAUAGUUCCACCUCCUCAUAUAGUAGAGGAAGAAACAGAAGCCUAGUCAUACAAAUGGUAAAUGGCGGAGAUGGAGUUUGACCCUAGUGACCUAGCUCCAAGCCCCAGAGUAGCACAAAAUCAAAAUUACAAGAUAAUUGUUGAUUUAAAGCUGCAAGAGGGUCCUAGAAACUUACCCAUGAAAAAACCUCAAUCCUAAGGAAGUUAACUUGUCCACUGUUACUUACACAAAUAGUAUAGGGAGGACUGGAAUCAUCCUAGUAUGACCACAGAUUUGGAGCUAUAACAUUUAAGUCCACCCAAAUGGCACACCCAGGUCUGCCAUAGACUCAGUAAUUCACUAAUUCAACCCAGGUCUCCUUUGACUCCAAAUUCAGUACCCAGUUGACUGUAUCAAGCUGGAAAAGAAUCCUUUGACUUGUAGAAGGCAUUCUUUUCUUUCAGCUGUGGGAGAGACUGGAUGACCUUGCAAAUGUUUGCUGCAACUCUGGGAUUCUGGGCGUUCCUGUGCCCGAGGAAUCCAGGCCUGCGGCCCAGAUCUGCAUAGUCCCACCCUCACACAACCCUACCCCACGUAGCGUUCCCAGGAAAAGAGCUGGUGGGGGGCAUUAAUUAGGUUAUUCAAGCAAUCGCAGGCUCGAGGUCUCAGGUUCCAGGAACAAGGAAGGGGCGUGUAUGUUUGGAGUGCUGGGAAGGGACAGGCACCUGGUCCCAUUGUUUCCCUAAUCUCACAACUGGCCCUCGGAGAUUAAUUGAUAAAAAUUAGAUAUUAUUCCCACUCCGGGGGAGAGGACUGGGGGAGGGGGCACUGAUGUCCAGCCCUUCUGAACCAAAUGGAGAACAGACUUCCCAACCCGGGGCUGCGUCCUUUCCUCUUAUUUUUCUCAGCCUUUUUUUAAUCUCAGUGGUAGCCUUUUUAAGAAAGGUCCUGGGCCGGGCCGUGAGUGGCUAGCCCAGGGGGCCUGCCGUAUACGUCACAAAAGCAGAGACCCCGUUCAUCUCUCCCAUUGGUCGCUGGGCAAGAUAUUUGACCCCACCGCCGCCUCCAUCUUUUAGGCAGUUUAGUUUAGCCGGCAGAACAGGGAGGGGGAACUCCCCAAGGAGGCUCCGGCGCCCAUUGGGUGGCGCGGCCGGGGGCGGGGCCAGACCUUAAAGGGCCCCGGAACCAAAGAAGAACGAAGAACCAGACCCGUCUAUGGAGCCCAAACGAAAUCAUCCGCUGUUCGGGGGAGCCUUCUCCAUCACCCUUCCCCCAGGGGCUCUGGACGUGAGUGAUUUCCGGCCGGUACCGGACAACCAAGAAGUUUUCUGCCACCGCGGGACGGAGCAGAGUCUCAUCGUGGAGCUCCUGGAGCUGCAGGCACACGUGCAAGGAGAAGCGGCCGCGCGGUACCACUUCGAGGCUCUGGGAGGGGUGCAAGGGUCAGGGGGCGAGCAAGUAGAUGCUGUGCAGCCCCUCUCCUCCCACACUUUGUCCCUUCGGGGCUGCCGGGAUGCCUGGGUCCUCUGCGGUCGGCAGCGUAUGGCCAAGGAGAACGAGGCGAAUGAAAAGGAUGUGAUCUUACACCUGGCCCUGUUCCGAUUGCCCCAAUAUGGGACCGACCUCCUGCUGACCUUCAACGAGCCUAUCUCUGGGAGUAGGCCAGCCCAUGGACAUGAAGCCCAGUGCCUCCCACCCUGGACCCUGGUUGACUUUGAAAGGCUAGUGACUUCCCUGACUCUUCUUGACCCCAGCAUCUUUGGCCCCCGGGAAAGAUCCUGAACUGCCCUCUGCUGCUGGUGUCUGAAUGUCUGGAUUCCCCAAUAGAAGCAAGGGGUUGAUGGUUGGGGUUUCCCCCAUAUCUCUGCUCCACAUACAGACAUAAGGCACCACCUUUGCAGAAAUAAACUUGCUUUAUACCAA